CUCGUUUUCCAGGUCGUGGGCGUUUCCUUUGGCACCGCUGCCGAGACCGGGAGCUAGCGUGAAGCUGUCCGCUAGCAUUGACGACACCACGAGACGGACAGCAACACUGCCACCCCAGAAGAGCGCUGCCACUCACCGGACACACGGCGGUCACCACGGCCUCAAUAAUGCCUCCCCCCAUGCGCCAUAGAUCCAUGCGUGUCUUCAUGAACGAUGAUCGCCAUGUCAUGGCCAAACACUCUGCCAUCUACCCGACUCAGGAGGAGCUGGAAAGUGUACAGAACAUGGUGUCUCAUACGGAGCGAGCCCUCAAGGCCGUCUCUGACUGGCUGGAUAAACAAGAGAAGGGAACUUCCAAGUCUGACUCUGAUGUCACAGACACUGACAAAGAAAGUGACCCCAAAGAUCAGGCCACCCGGUCUCUACGUGGCGUCAUGAGGGUGGGGCUGGUUGCUAAAGGCCUGCUCCUAAAGGGGGACUUGGACCUAGAGCUGGUUCUUCUCUGUAAAGACAAACCGACCAUCAAUCUCCUGAAGAAAGUGUCCGACAACCUUGUUACACAGCUCAAGGCCAUCACAGAAGACAAGUACGUGGUGACCCAGCACAUCCGCGAGGCCAGUAUCGUCAUCAAGAACACCAAGGAGCCCCCCCUCACCCUCACCAUUCACCUGACAUCCCCUUUAGUCCGCGAGGAGAUUGAGAGGACGGCUGCUGGAGAAACGCUUUCAGUCAACGAUCCCCCGGAUGUUCUGGACAGGCAGAAAUGCCUAACUGCCUUGGCGUCUCUCCGCCACGCUAAGUGGUUCCAGGCCAGAGCCAACGGGCUGCGCUCCUGUGUCAUUGUCAUCCGGAUCUUGAGGGACCUUUGCGCCCGCGUCCCCACGUGGGCCCCGCUUCGUGGCUGGCCACUGGAGCUGAUCUGUGAGAAAGCCAUUGGCACAGGGAACCGGCCCAUGGGGGCAGGAGAAGCUCUGCGGAGGGUUUUAGAGUGUCUGGCUUCAGGAAUCCUCAUGGCAGAUGGAGCUGGAAUCUCUGAUCCAUGCGAGAAGGAGCCCACAGAUGCUAUCGGCCAUUUGGACCAGCAGCAGAGAGAAGACAUCACAGCAAGUGCACAACAUGCCUUAAGGCUGUCAGCCUUCGGACAGCUUCACAAAGUGCUUGGAAUGGAUCCCCUCCCCUCGAAGAUGCCCAAGAAACCUCGUAGCGAGACUCCGAUCGAUUACACGGUGCAAAUCCCACCCAGCACGGCGUACACUCCACCAAUGAAAAGGCCCAUCGAGGAAGAGGAGGGAACUGACGACAAGAGUCCAAAUAAAAAGAAGAAGAAGCUGCAGAAGAAAUCUCCUGAGGAGAAGGCCGAACCUCCCCAGGCUAUGAAUGCCCUAAUGAGGCUCAACCAGCUGAAGCCAGGUCUCCAGUACAAACUGAUCUCCCAGACCGGCCCAGUUCACGUCCCGGUUUUCACUAUGGCCGUAGAAGUUGAUGGCAAAACCUUUGAGGCUUCUGGUCCAUCCAAACGCACCGCGAAGCUGCAUGUGGCUGUGAAGGUCCUGCACGACAUGGGUCUGCCCACUGGAGUGGAACUAAAGACCGCUGAGCCCGUGAAAUUAAAGGAGGCGGUAGAAGCGACGGCCGUGGAGGAGCUGAAGCCAGUGGAAGUACCCGUAGACACUGCAGCUGCCGCCGUCACAGGAGCAGCCAACGCAGACAGCACUGACGCAGCAGAGACUGCUCGUCAACAGGGACCAAUCCUGACCAAACACGGCAAGAACCCCGUGAUGGAGCUGAACGAGAAGCGCCGCGGCCUCAAGUACGAGCUCAUCUCGGAGACGGGCGGCUGCCACGACAAGCGCUUCGUCAUGGAGGUGGAAAUCGACGGGCAGAAGUUCAAGGGCACGGGGUCCAAUAAGAAGGUGGCGAAGGCUUACGCAGCCCUGGCGGCUCUGGAGCGGCUCUACCCCGAGGGCUCUUUGGCCGAGUCAGCUAAGAAGAAGAAGGGACCCCCCAUGCACACCCAAGGGUUUGGCAUGAUGGGAGCCACUGGAGAAGGGCCUGCACCCAGGGGUCGAGGAAGAGGAGGGCGAGGCCGAGGAAGAGGCAGGGGCUUCAAUAAUGGAGGAGGCUACGGACAAGGAGGUGGCUUUGGUACAUAUGGAUACGGGAACAACGCUAACUCCGGAUAUAAUUAUUACAACAACGGUGGGACGAACGGAGGAGCGGGGGCAGCCAGCAGCCCGUCAGGAGGCCCCCCAGCCAGCAGCACAGCACCGGGGUCAGCGCAGGGCUCCUACGGUUCGUACUACCCGGCCGACGGGGCCUACACUGCCAACGCCGCCAACAAGCCUCCCAAAAAGAAACCCCCGGUGCACAAGGGAGGGAAGGCGGCUUUUCCCGGCCCGCAAGGGGUAAACAGCGGAUCUGCGGGGGGCUACCAGUCCACCAGCCCCUCUGGACAGGUCUCCUACAACCAGUACGGCCAAGGAUACGGACAGGGGGGGAAGAAGACUUUCAACCAGAGCCAAGGGGGCGCUGGAGGGUACUCGUACAGCACUGCCUACCCAAGCCAAGUGACGGGAGGUGCAGGAGGUAACCAGGACUACAGUUAUGAAGGUUUCAACAGCCAGUCAAGUUACAACUCGCAAGGAGGCGGCAACCAGGGCUUCGGCGCCAACCACUCUCAGUACCACAACCCGGUGGGCUACGGCAGGGGAGACGGCAGCAUGAGCUACCAGUACAGAUAGACUCUGGGAGCCACCCAAGCAUCGGCGUCUCAAGCCUUCUCCAAAGAAAGCGACUUGAAGACUUGGCCUGUGCUCUCUGCCUUCCCCCCCUCCCCUCAUGUUCAUUUAUUAUGUGAUUUUUUUUAUUUUAUUUUUUUUUUCUUUGGGUGCGGGGGGAGGGUUUAAUGUAGCACAUGUCAGCACAAAAUGACUCGUCUGGACUUUUCAGUGUCAGAGCUGCGUCGUGGAUGUUUUUAGUGCUCCGUUUCAGUGGUCUGGUCAGUGCUUAUAUGUCUAUAUUUUAUUUUUUAAUCUAUACUACCAGUCCUCAUUGUCACUAAAUAAGAAAGCUGAUCAAUAACUCACCGGCUGACUCUGACUAUAUUUCCUUUCUUUCUAACCAGAUGUGAGGCUACAGACGUUUUUUUUUUCUUCUCUCUCUCUCUCAAUGUGAAUUUAGUAAAAUCGGCUGUAAUUUUGGCUUAUUUUGUAAUUAGUUUUUGUGAUGUAGUUAUUUUAAUAAAUGGUUUUGAUUCCGGAGCAAACACGCUGAUGUUAAAUCAACAUUUCUGCUCAACGUAGCUUUUCAAUUGGGUGGAAUUUGUUCCUAUUGAUGUAUAACAAGUGUGUUUGUAUUAAUAAAUGAUUUUUAUUUUGAA